GCGCCCAAUACACCCUCCUGGAGCCAGGGGAGGGGGCUGGCAGAGAGUGGCCAGGACGGGACGUCCCCAGCCCCCAGGGGCCUCUCCUCCCACCCUGCUCCAGUCUGCAGAGCCAUCCGGUCCCCACCCUGGUGACAUCGUCCUCCUGCUCCCUCAAUAGGGUUGAGUGGGGAAUCUGGGGAGGGGGCUGGCGGGAGUGGUGGGGCGGCUCCAGCCCUUAGUGGCCCCUCCCCCUCCCGUGGGGCUGUCCAGUCCCUUCCCCCAAGGCCGACCUUCUCAUGGCCUCUGACCCCCUCCUCCUUCCCAUCCUACUUUGCUGGGUGCACCGGGUGUCCAGCGAACCCCUUUUCCAAACCUUUAGGGAGAAGGGAGGUGGGAGGAGGCAAAGAAACUACAGGCAGGGAGCUGGAAGGGGGGCUGGGGGGGCAGGAGACAAGAAAUCAAGACACCAGGCAGCGGGACACACACACACUCACAUACAGUCACACACAUAGGGGCCAACAGAGAGACAGCUACCUAAAGCCUGAAAGACUGACAGCAACACAGAAAAAAGAAACAGACAGAAAGAGAGACAAAGACAGAAAUAGAAACAGACUAACACGCAGAGUCAGAAAUACAGACAGAAAGACAGGGAGAAAGAGAAACAGAAAAUUAGACACCAAAGGCAUACGAACAGGGAGGAAGGCCGACUCAAAGAAAGACGGAGAAGAGGAGAGAGAAGCCAGGGCCGAGCGUGCCAGCAGGCGGAUGGAGGGCGGCCUGGUGGAGGAGGAGACGUAGUGGCCUGGACUGAGCUGGGUGGGCCGGGAGAAGCGGGUGCCUCAGCGCGGGGGUGGGGGCAUGGCAGGGGCAGGCAUUCUGCUGCUGCUGCUGGCUGGGGCGGGGGUGAUGGUGGCCUGGAGACCCCCAAAGGGAAAGUGUCCCCUGCGCUGCUCCUGCUCCAAAGACAGCGCCCUGUGUGAGGGCUCCCCGGACCUGCCCGUCAGCUUCUCUCCGACCCUGCUGUCACUCUCACUCGUCAGGACUGGAGUCACCCAGCUGAAGGCUGGCAGCUUCCUGAGAAUUCCGUCUCUGCACCUGCUCCUCUUCACCUCCAACUCCUUCUCCGUGAUUGAGGACGAUGCGUUUGCGGGCCUGUCCCACCUGCAGUACCUCUUCAUCGAGGACAAUGAGAUUGGCUCCAUCUCUAAGAAUGCCCUCAGAGGACUCCGCUCCCUUACACACCUAAGCCUGGCCAAUAACCAUCUGGAGGCCCUCCCCAGAUUCCUGUUCCGAGGCCUGGACACCCUUACUCACGUGGACCUCCGCGGGAACCCGUUCCAGUGUGACUGCCGCGUCCUCUGGCUCCUGCAGUGGAUGCCCACCGUGAAUGCCAGCGUGGGGACCGGCGCCUGUACGGGCCCCGCUGCCCUGAGCCACAUGCAGCUCCGCCACCUCGACCCCAAGACCUUCAAGUGCAGAGCCAUAGAGCUGUCCUGGUUCCAGACGGUGGGGGAGUCGGCACUGAGCGUAGAGCCCUUCUCCUACCAAGGGGAGCCUCACAUUGUGCUGGCACAGCCCUUCGCCGGCCGCUGCCUGAUUCUCUCCUGGGACUACAGCCUGCAGCGCUUCCGGCCCGAGGAAGAGCUGCCCGCGGCCUCCGUAGUGUCCUGCAAGCCACUGGUGCUGGGCCCGAGCCUCUUCGUGCUGGCUGCCCGCCUGUGGGGGGGCUCACAGCUGUGGGCCCGGCCCAGUCCCGGCCUGCGCCUGGCCCCAACGCAGACCCUGGCCCCGCGGCGGCUGCUGCGGCCUAAUGACGCUGAGCUCCUGUGGCUGGAAGGGCAGCCCUGCUUCGUGGUGGCCGAUGCCUCCAAGGCUGGCAGCACCACGCUGCUGUGCCGCGACGGGCCCGGCUUUUACCCGCACCAGAGCCUGCACGCCUGGCACCGGGACACGGACGCUGAGGCCCUGGAGCUGGACGGCCGGCCCCAUCUGCUGCUGGCCUCGGCUUCCCAGCGGCCAGUGCUCUUCCACUGGACUGGUGGCCGCUUCGAGAGACGCACAGACAUCCCUGAGGCCGAGGAUGUCUAUGCCACACGCCACUUCCAGGCUGGUGGGGACGUGUUCCUGUGCCUCACACGCUACAUUGGGGACUCCAUGGUCAUGCGCUGGGACGGCUCCAUGUUUCGUCUGCUGCAGCAACUUCCCUCGCGCGGUGCCCACGUCUUCCAGCCACUGCUCAUCGCCAGGGACCAGCUGGCCAUCCUAGGCAGCGACUUCGCCUUCAGCCAGGUCCUCCGCCUUGAGCCUGGCAAGGGGCUCCUGGAGCCACUGCAGGAGCUGGGGCCCCCGGCCCUGGUGGCCCCGCGUGCCUUCGCCCACAUCACUAUGGCCGGCAGACGCUUCCUCUUUGCUGCUUGCUUUAAGGGCCCCACACAGAUCUACCAGCAUCACGAGAUCGACCUCAGUGCCUGAGACCACCAACGGGACUCUGGCUGGGCAUGGCUGGGGCCCCUGGAUGGCCCCUUGGCUAGCCCCUGGCCCCACUUGGGGUGAUGGCCCGCUUGUGAGCUGCUGACCAUGGGCCACGUUCAUCAGCCGCACGUCUAGGCCUUAAGCCCACUUCUUAAAGGAUCUGCACCCGCGGGGGGACACAGAGGAUCCCAGCCUACUGGAUCUCCCGAGCUGCCAUUCAGGUCUAAAGCAACAUCUGGACAUCUCGGCUGGGGAAGAUUCCCCAUCAAAGGCAACCUGGGGGGUGCAGGCUGGUGCACUGCAUGGAGUAGAGGUGGAGGUCACGUGCAGAGCUCCAUAAGGUCCGAAAGCCCCCCUCUCAACCCGCUCCCACCCCCGCUGGUCCCUCUGAAAGCACUGAGGGGUUGAUGGCAUUCCUUUCCCAUUCUAAACUCCACGCAGCCAGUCGCUUUCCUAGAGAAGCGCCAACCUCGAAGACAACUCAGCGCUGGGCGGGGUCCCCUCAGCUGCUUGUGCGCAUGCGUGCGGCCGCCCAGCAAGCUGUGCCUCUUGCGCCUCUUGCGCGUGCGCGGGGCACAGGGAGGAACAGCGGGAGGUGUCGCGGGGAGCCCGGUGCCCUCCUGGAUGGGCGACGGAGGCAAGGACAAGAGUCCGAGCUCAAUAAAUGCGCUGUGCACCCUCCCCG